AUGACUGCCGCCGAAAAAUAUGAAUACCCUCCAAUUCGUAUGUUUUUUCAUAAGAUAUUUACUGACAACGUGGAAUAAUUGUCGUUUAAAGGACCUUUUAAAUGGCCUUUGAAUGCUUGAAGAACCCUACUAACGAUUAUAGCAUCCGCAAAAGAAUUAGAUGAUCACGACGUACCAUUCCUUCACAGAGACCACUGUGCUGCCCAUUUAAUUAACUAUUAUAAGUGCCUUGAUAAGGGUACAUCAUUCUGUAAUAAGCCAAAGGACGAAUUCUAUAAGUGCCAAUACUUAUCAUUAAAAGAGAGACUCGACGGUCAUAAAUAA